AUGGAUCUGCUACUUGAUAAAUAUCCUUUACCGAAAGUGCUACGAAUUGGAGCGUGGGUUCGACGGUUCAUUCUGAAUUGUAAACGACAACCUGCAGAGAGAGAGAAAGGUCCCAUCACGAGAAUGGUGGAUACGACGGGCCCAAGACGCAGUCAAACACGAUGCACGAUAUUUAGCCGACCGAGAGCGAUUAAACCUACAGGAGAACAACCUCGGAAUUCUGGAGUGUAGAGGCAGAAUUAUCGGAGAAUAUCCCAUCUAUAUACCAGACUUCCAUCCUUUCACGUCAUCUUUAGUUCGUGAAGCGCACCUAUCAACUCUACACGGGGGAGUCAGUACAGCCAUGGCGAAAGUACGUGAACAUUACUGGGUUCCUCGGCUUCGCCGUCUAGUCAAGAACAUCAGAUCACACUGCAACGGUUGCAAGAGAUUCCGGGCCAAGGCCUAUCAAGUACCGCCCCCCGGAAAUUUACCAACUACGAGAACACAAGGCGCAGUACCAUUCGAAGUGAUCGGGGUGGACUUUGCCGGACCUAUCAAGUACGUACCAAAGUCGAAGAAGGAAGCUAAGUCAUAUCUUGUGCUUUAUACGUGUAGUCUAACAAGAGCCGUCCACCUUGAUAUUGUGAGAUCGUUGGAUACGAAAGAGUUCAUCAUGAGCCUAAAAAGGUUCAUUGCGAGGAGAGGAAGACCAAAGUUAAUCUAUUCCGAUAAUGCAAUGACAUUUAAAGCUGCCGCGAAAUGGAUUCAACUAGUAAGACAAGAUGAGAAACUAAACAGUCUCUUAGCAAACAUGUCGAUCGAAUGGCGUUUCAACUUAAGUCGGGCCCCAUGGUGGGGAGGACAAUUUGAACGUUUAGUUGGGUUAUUUAAGAGUUCAUUCUAUAAGUCAAUCGGCAAUGGUAUCUUAACGUGGUCGGAACUCGAAGAAGUCGUGUUAGAUAUCGAAAUAGCGAUGAAUAAUCGCCCCCUGUGUUACUUAGAGGAUGAUGUGCAGUUACCUGUGCUCACACCCAAUGGUAUGCUCCACACCCAACCCACCUACAUUCCCGAACUAGAAAAGCACCACAUCGAAGAGAAAGAUCUCAGAAAGCGAGCCAAACAUCUGUUAAAAUGCAAACAAGCGAUGUGGAAUCGGUGGACCAGAGAAUAUGUGCAUGGUCUUCGUGAGCAACACCGAAUGACUAGACCAAAAUCAAUGCAAUAUCCCAAAGUUGGAGAGAUCGUGAUUGUAAAGGAAGAUCAAAAACCAAGAAAUACCUGGAAACUUGCCAUAGUUAAGCAACUCAUCACGGGCAGAGACGGUGUAAUACGGGCAGCUAAGCUUAAAACUGCUGGUGGUAAUAACUACCUGGAACGCGCGAUACAACACUUGUUCCCGUUAGAGUUACAAUGCGAUAAAGAGAUUACAACUCGUUUAGAUCCAGAUGCACAAGAGUUCACACCCAGACAGAAGCGAAAUGCUGCAGCAGCAGCUAUGUUAUGCAUAAGAGACAUUGCAGAGGAUGAAAAGGAACUUUAAUUAAACAUUGCAGAGACUUGCUAUGUGAACACUUAUCGAAAGACAAUUAAUUAGUUCGUAAUAAACAUUUAUAUUAUUCAUAAAAUUACUUAGUUACCCAGUUCGUAUUGUGACAUGUAAACUCUCAGAGUAUACAUGGGGGAGUGUGUAGCAAACUGGGCUCAUUACGGAGCUUUACGAAGCCAAGACGAACAUUGACAUAUUUUGUGAUGGGUCACGUGAUUAACAAGCAUGCGAGACUAACCAGCGAGAGAGAAACAGUGAGAAAUCAGUGAGAGAGAUUUGUAUUUUAUUAUUAUUAUAAAGUUAUUUUAAAGUUAUUAUUAUUUUAUCGUGAUUUGCCCUGGAUACUUCUCAGGGAGGCGAGAAUUCAGGACACCUCGCACUGAUGCCCCAAGUGCUCGAUUUGCCAAAGUAUCUCAGUUGUGGCCCAUGCCUGUAUCAUAUCCAGUGUUGCUGGCAUGAUCCGCAUUCCAAACCUCUCAGACCAGCCAUUAGCUUUGAAGCGCAAUGAGCACUUUUGUCAACUAAACUCUGUUUUUAAUCUAUUAAAGGCAGAUGAGAAGCCGAGACCCAUUCCUAUACCCACCAAGCCACAACCAACUCCGAAAGAAAAGUGUUUUUCCAGUUCCAUCAGUCUUGAUCCUUCGCAUAUACUACCCACCAAUGUGUUCAUUAAGUUUGGUAAUCUUCAUAAACAAUUCGAUACUGUGUUUAACCCCGAGAUUGAAGGCUACAAUGGUGCUUCAGGCCCCUUCAAAGCCAAAGUAAACAUGGGUCCUGUCGAGCCACCACAACGUAAAGGUCGCUUACCCCAGUAUCCACGUGAGAGACUUGUGGAGCUGCAACAAAAAUUCGACAAGCUAGAGGAGUUGGGAGUAUUUAAACAGCCAGAAGAUGUUGGUAUCGCUGUUGGGUACCUUAACCUUCCUUCUUAG